CCACAGCAUUCAAGAAUGGAGCACAACAACUCAUCAAACGGCUCACUCACUGUCUCAACUGAAUACCUGAUUGCCAGUAGUGUGAUGGCAGUUUGCUUCAUACUGGGAGUCCCUGCUAACAUAGCAGUAAUUAUACGUCUUGCUGGAUGGCUAAAGGAAGGCAGUUUCACUCCGAGGCUGAUGCUAAGCCUGGCCAUAUCAGAUCUGCUCUCGCUGCUUUCUCUGCCGGUGUGGAUUUGGUCUCUUCUGAAUGACUGGAUCUUUGGCUUAGUCCUGUGUAAGCUUCUCUUUUAUUUGCAAAGCUUAGGUGUCUACUGCAGCAUACUGUGUGUAAUUUUGAUGAGUGCCCAGCGAUACACACAAGUGCUGCAUCCUGAUAAAUGGAACAAGCUUGGCAGAAAAGGAAAGAAGAUCCUUUUGGGUGGUAUGUGGAUCCUAAGUGGAGUAUUAUCUUGCUAUGCUCCCGUACAGCGCACUGUAAGCCAAAACAAUGUAGGACGGCUUCAGUGCAGUCUAGACUAUAGGAAUGAUGUGGAAAGAGUGGGUACUUUAACCUGGGAGAUUAUACUAUUUGUACUUUUGUUCCCCACACUGACUUACUUCUACUUUCAUCUUUACCAGGGAGUUAAUAACUCAGCUUUCUUCAGCAGUCGCUCAUUGACAAAACUGGUAAUUAGAAUUGUGGCAUGUUUCUUUAUUUUUUGGAUCCCGUUUCAAAUCUCCAACAUUGUGAUCAUCACUAUGUUGUUGACGAAUAACAGUUUUAUAAAAUCUGCAGAAUCUGUUGAGAAUAUUACUACAGCGUUGAUUUUUAUUAAUAGCUGUGUGAAUCCCUUCCUUUAUGCCUUUUCUGCUCGGGCUCUACAUGUACAACAACACAAGGAUACAAAAGAAGAUGCUUAA